AUGAAGGACAUUACAGUGAAAUUGCACAUUAAACCAGGAAGCAAACCUGUGUUUAUGAAGGCUAGGACAGUGCCGUAUGCUAUUCGUGACAAAGUCGAGGCUGACCUGGAAGUGUUGGUCAAAAGUGGUGUUUUGGAACCAGUCACCACCAGCGAAUGGGCGACACCAAUUGUGCCGGUUCCGAAAAAGAAUGGCGGAAUUCGCACAUGUGGCGAUUUUAAAGUGACUUUGAAUCCGGUGCUUUGUGUGGAGCAGUACCCACUUCCAUUGAUCGAUGAUUUGUUAGCAGGUCUGAGCGGUGGUCAAAAAUUCAGCAAAAUUGACCUCAACCAAGCUUAUCUGCAGAUGCAUGUGGACGAAGAAUCACGGGAGUGGCUGACAAUUAACACACACAAGGGACUUUUCAGAUAUUGCAGAUUACCUUUCGGCAUCACAUCUGCUCCUGCUCUGUUUCAACGGGCUAUGGAUCAAAUUUUGAGUGGAUUGCCAGGAGUACAAUGUUACUUGGAUGACAUUCUCUGCACCGGUGCCAACGACGAGGAGCAUCUUCGCAACCUGGAUGCUGUCUUAAAAAGGCUAAGGCAGUAUGGUCUUCGAGUGCGCAAGCAAAAAUGUGAAUUUUUGAGACCAUCGGUGGAGUAUCUCGGGCAUGUAAUAGACUCCCAAACCGCUGCGCAGAAGAAUCCCUUCACUGGCUGCUGCACGUCUCCCGACCUGUCAGUCGUCAUAGACAUGGUAAUUAAAGGACAAACCAAGUGUGAGAACACCGCUCUCAAACCUUUUUUGGAUAGGAGGUGGGAACUUUCUGUUCAAUCGGGUUGUUUGCUUUGGGGGAGGAGAGUGAUUGUGCCACAGUCAUUGCGUGCUAAAAUGCUUGCGCAACUGCAUGCAGGUCACAGUGGUAUUGUUAAAAUGAAAGAAAUAGCGAGAAGUUAUUUUUGGUGGCCAGGAUUAGAUAAACAGAUCGAAGAGAAGGUAAAAAGUUGUUCAUCUUGCCAGAAGAUUCGCAACAAUCCACCUGCAGCCCCACUUCAUCCUUGGGAUUUUCCUCAGGACCCUUGGCACCGCAUUCAUAUUGACUUUGCGGGGCCUUUUGAAAAUCGAAUGUUCCUGGUUGCUAUCGAUGCCCAUAGUAAGUGGCCAGAGGUAGCUAUCAUGAAAUCAACCACAUCGGAAAAGGCAAUUGAGAAGUUAGGGGAGAUGUUUAGUCGUUUCGGAGCCCCUGCACAACUCGUCUCAGACAAUGGGCCCCAAUUUGUGUCAAAAGAAAUGGUUGCAUUCCUGCAAGCCAAUGGGGUUCAACACAUUAAGUCGGCUCCCUAUCACCCGGCAACCAACGGCUUGGCAGAGAGGUUUGUGCAGACCCUCAAACAUGCUCUCAAAGCAUCACAA